AGCCGCCUGCAUUAACUUUCCAUGUUUUUAACCUUAAACCUCUUCGAUUCUAUCACACCUCUUCGACAUCCCCACGAGCAUUUUUUUAGUUUUACGAUAGUUCGUUGCAUGAUCGUAGCCACUGAUACCUUUUCUUGCAUAUGUCAACCUCCUUAAUCCAAAUUCAAAUUGUCAUCUGAUAAAAUGCAAUUGCAAGUUGGCUCAUUUUCAUCUUGUAAUAUCCCACCUUCAUCCCGAGGAAAACAAAGCAAAUCCAAAAUGUCGUGUACAGGAGAUAUUGCUGGCUUUUUGCGGCAUGUGUCGCUGUUUCAGGACCUCCCGGAGUCGGAGUUGACGCGGAUCGCGGAGUCGAUGGAAGUCCAAGAGUACCCUCGAAAUGCCGUAAUCUUUCGCGAGCACGAUGAGGGCGAUGCCUUCUACGUAAUACUAGAGGGCGAAGCCUUCGUAAAAGCUUCUUCCACUUUGUUUCUGCAAGUAGGAGAUAUGUGCCGACUCGCGAAGGGGACGAAAGUUGCAGGAAAACUCUAUCCGAAGGGGACACCAGCGGUAGUAGACAACUUCGAUGGCGGACGGGCGUUUCCUUUUACCAUCUUUAAGGGCAGUACAAGAAAUCUCCGAUCAUCUUCACUGUCAUCAACAUCUUGGUCCUCGUCCCGUUUUUUAAAACAAAAAAGGAGACCCAAGAAGAUGCUUCUCAAAAUUAAUGGGAGAUUACUAACUUCCAUUAGAAGUUCUAACAUCUACUUGCCGGUAUCGGGUGAUCGUGGCCGUGUGCGUCCAGAGGAAUUAGAGUUGGAUCCAGAGCACGAAAAUAACUCACCAGAGCGGAAGGAAGACAAGGUGCUCGCAUCUUGUCGUGCAGGGGACUUCUUUUAAGGCUUCUGCUGGGUUGUUUGUGCUUUUCUGGGUUGUUUCAUCUCUAACUUGUUCUUGUACUAUUUGAGUUUGUUCGGAAACUUUGUUUCAGAUUAACUUGUUCUUGUAUUUGAGUUGUUGUAUUUGAGUUUGUUAGUUCCAACUCUGUUUGAGAGUUUGUUCGAAGCAUCUCAAGCAUCUUUAUUUUGAGAAGUAGCAUGCUUAAAUGAAGAUGCUUGUUCACUGAAGAAGGAUCAUGCUUCAAAAGCAUAUCAUGAUAAGGUUAAGGACACAGUACAGAGAAACACCAAGAAGAUGCAUCUGCUGUAUCUUAGGAUCAUGGACAAUAUUAAGUCUAAGGGAUGAAACAUCAAGCUCUAAUUUUUCGGUGAAAUUGCACUCAUCAAGCACACCACAAGGCAAGCUACGGUCGUUGCGGGACCACAACAGACAUUGCGUCUAGCACGAUUAGCAAAAGUACUAUUCUCGACUUUUUUCUUUCCUCAUGAUAUCGAUGCGCUUGACUUGCGGCACGGCGUCGUUUUUUUUUUCGAGAACACCCUCGCGCCCCUUUCAAGAAACAGGAGUCAACUCAAGAGUCGAAAAUUUUCUUCAUAAUCAACUCAUUUUGCAGCAACAUGCGACUCUUGAGUUGAUUGUGAUAAUCAAUCGCUUACACUCUUUAGAUAAAGAAGAAAAAUGUAAUUUACUAGCUGAAAAUAAAUUACUACAGAGCCGCUUCGAUGCGCUUGACUUGCGGCACGGCGUCGUUUUCCCGAAGAGGAAUGCAGUCAUCGCAGCUCAUCGUCUAGCCCAGUUGUUAAGGGUUAACCAAUUACAUCCUCCACAACCAUCCCGCACUCUCUUUCUAGUAGGAAAGAGGUGGGGGAUGUGCUGAAGAAUGUACUAAUGUGGCAACCUUUAAAGUUGACUCCUGUGCAGAAGAGCAAAGAAGCGACACAACUAAUCAUAGACGCGCUAGCUGAAAACCAAUACUUGCACGAAAUGGUGAGCAUCACGGAAGAACAGUGCGAAAUACUAGCAGGAUGCGCAGUGCCGCGCACGGUUCGCGCCGGCGAGGUCUUAUGCAAGGAAGGAGACGUGGCGGGGCAGGUAAGCGUAAGGCCAAACUCCUUGACUUAGGGUCUUCCUUGAGCGAUGCCUUAAGAACAGUGUUCAGUCCCGGCAAACUUAGUAAACAAGAUCUAAUAUUAGUAGAGUAGUUUAUAGAACGGAUGUAGGAUAGUUUAUAGAACGGAUGUAGGAUGGACUUGAAUGGAUCGGAUGGAUCGGAUGGACCCCCCUGAUUCUUCCGAUCCUACUUGAGCGAUGCCUUAAGAACGACCGCAUUAGCAGAGGAAGAUGCUAUACCUUGUGAUUAUGAGAUUAUGUACAUGUGGCUGAACAAGAUGGACCAUCAUUAUAACAAGUUUUUACCCUAAAAAAAUGCGGAACCACUACUUUCUGUGUCAACAUUUUAACGGCAGGAGUUCUUCGUAGUUGAGAGUGGUAAGUUCCACAUCAAUACAACAGGAGUUUUUCGUAGUUGAGAGUGGUAAGUUCCACUCAACCCUCUUUUACAAUACAACAGGAGUUUUUCGUAGUUGAGAGUGGUAAGUUUCACUUCCACGUCCAGCAGCAUCACGGCAGCGGAGAAGUGGACCGCGUGAAUCAGUUUGGGUUGAUAAAGGACUGCGGUCGUGGCGGCAGCUUUGGCGAGGUCACCCUAUUGCACGCGCACGCACGGCAUUGCACCGUGCAGGCGGUGGAGAACAGCAAAGUUUGGGUGAUUGAUCGGGCCACUUUCCAGCACGUUAUUUAAGGCUUUUUACUGUAAUCGUAAUUCAUCUCAAGAGGCAUCUUUGAUCCCCUUUCUAAGGGAAAAGCACGGCAAAGAUGCAACAUUUGGGGAUGAAUAUUGGGGUCUAAGUUUUGCGGGAAUCGUUUAAAGAAAAAAUCCAAGAGUACAAACGGUGCGUGGACACGAUCAAGCAAUUUUCGUGCUUGUACGAGAGUGAGCGCGAAGCAUUAUGCGAAACCUUGUACGAGCAACAUUAUUUGCAAGGAGAACGUCUGCUCACGGCGGGAGAAUUGGGCGACACUUUCUUCAUCCUCCUCAGUGGCGCGAUCGCGGUAGCUGGGAAAGUGGUGGACCGACCCGGAACCUACUUCGGAGAAAAGAGUCUCAUCGGAAAAACCCCAGUGAAAGACACCGUCAUUGCCCAUUCUGCGGACGUACUCGUGGCCUGUCUGACGAAGCACGAUUUUGACCAGUUACUGCAACCUUUCGAGGACAUUUUGCAGCAACAUGCGACUCUAGGCGAAAAACGUGUUUCGCCACUCGACCAAGGUCUAACGGCGGCGUCUCGGAAGCAGGAUUCCGCAGGCGGUGGUGGAGAAGGGAGGACGCAAGGCAAUCUUCCAGUUCCUGUUGGCAUGCAGACGAGCUUGAAGCGGUCCGACCUGAAGCGUUUGGGCUUACUAGGCUGCGGCGGUUUUGGCGCUGUGACCUUGGAGCAAGCCCCGGAUGGACAAGUUUAUGCACUGAAACAGCUGUCGAAGGGCUACGUAGUCCAGGAGCACAUGGAGGAUAGCACCAUGAAUGAACGCAAUAUCUUACUGCUUUGCGACUCGAAGUUUAUUGUGAAGUGCUACGCCACGUUCAACACUGACCAAAGUCUCUGGUUCCUCCUCGAAGCUGCCUUGGGCGGCGAAUUGUACGCAACCUACCAUCGACACAAGCUGCACGGUUCCGCGUCAAGGGCACGUUUUUACGCCGCAUCAGUGCUGUUCGCGUUCCAGCACCUGCACCAAAAGUACGGCUCAAUAUUUGAAAAUAUGACUCAUUAUUUCUACGUGUCAUUCUUCACUGUUUUCCUUUAUAAGGAUAUUGCGUGAAUGAGCCUACGGUGGAAUGAAUUGUUUUGAGCUCUAACGAAAGUUCGUGGUAUACCGAGACUUGAAACCGGAGAAUCUGCUACUCGACGAUAGAGGUCGCUGCAAACUGACGGACAUGGGCCUCGCAAAACAAACCAAGCUGAAAACCAUGACCACGUGUGGAACACCAGAUUACUUCGCGCCUGAAGUCAUUGCAGGUAUUUCUAUCUGUAUUCCACUAACUAUUGCUCGGUUGUAUGUGUUAAGUUGUAUAGCGGGUGUCUAUAAUCUAUUCUAUCAAGUAAAAAAAUGACCUCUUCUACUUCCACUAAUUACUUGCUUCUCUCUCUAAAUUUUCUUCAGGUGCUGGCCACCAUUUUGCGGUUGAUUGGUGGACUCUUGGAGUUCUGGUUCACGAGUUGAUGUGCGGGCACACGCCUUUUGAGGAUUCCAGUCCGUCGAAGAUAUACCAAAAAGUGAAUAAAGGCGUUUCGUACGUGAAGUUUCCCUACGCCGCAAAAGAGCCCCAUUGCAAGGAUUUAGUUAUACAUUAAGGCUUGAGGAAAUCCAUCUUCAGAAGAAUGAAUGGUUCCGGUAUUUGGUAACCUGAAUUUGAUCAGAAGGGAAACAAGCAUCUUGAUCCCAUUUGUUUGUGAAAGGACUUGAAACCAGGAGCACCAAGAUGCUGCUCAACCAAUCAUGGAUUUCUGCAAGUUCUAAUCACAGCUUCUGAAGCGAAGUCCGCACGAGCGACUCCCCAUGAGGGCAGGUGGCGUAGACAACGUGAAGAAACACGAGUGGUAUGGCUCUUUCGAUUGGGCAGCGCACGAAUGGGAGACCAACGAAGUGCCGUACAAGCCGAAUGUGAAAGCGCCAACGGACAUGAGCAAUUUCAAGGCGAAGGAAAGCGAUAUUCCGCCCCAAGUGCACUACACGGCGCAACCGGGAAGCACGUGGGACAAACAUUUCGCGACAAACACUUAG